UUAUCUGUGCAUCAAAUGUUUUGGUUAUGUACAACUUCAAAACAAAAAUAUUACUUGUGUAUUAACUUUGCUUCAAUUACCUAAAAAAUCAUUCCUUCGUUUCUGGAAUAUGAAAGAUUGAAUAUAACUUCAUCAUGUCGAAACGAAGUAUUGACGAAUCUUUGAGAAAGCCCCGUACAUUCGCUGGAACUCCUAUGAACAAACUGAUAAACCGAAUAUCUCUUGGAGUUUUUGCAUGCGCUGGAUUGAGCUGGUACAUAUUCGAACAAUGGUCGCAAACAAAGCAAUUACAUAAGUCCUUGUUGGAAGGAAAAUUUGACGAUUCUCCAGAAACAAAGUACCGUUUGGAUUCUAUGAAAUAUUUCCUGACAGAUCCUUCUUACUACGAGCUCAUUGUAAAGUUGCAAAAGAGAACAUACGAACGAGAAAGGGGUACCAAAGAAAAACCUUGGUACGUAAAAUAUUUGGCUACACAUUUAGAUGAUGAUGAAAUAUAAUAGAUAGAGGUACAUAAUAGUUAAGACAGAGGCAUCAAGAAAUGGCUUUAAUUAUAUGAUUAAUUUUCUGUAUUUUGUGGAUAUGUACAUAUUUCAAUAAAAUUACUAGACAGCUU